AGCUCCUCAGUGUGCACGGACUGACGCGAUACAGGUGGGCCCGCAUGGACAAUCCAUGGGCCAAUGCCUGGGAACAGCCAUUAUCGGACAAACCAGUGUCUGGGAAGCACUCUUGGGCAUUGCCAUCCGAAGCGGCGCACGAUCAGGAAGCUGACUUGGGUCUCCCACCGUGGUCUCUGCAUGACUCCGCCGAAUGGACGAGUUCAGUUCACGCGGGCGACCCCCUCUGGUCCUCCUCCGAAGUGGAGGAGGCUGCAUGGGUACCGUCCACGUACGAGCAAAUUGUUCUUUCCCAACCCUCGGCUGUGAGGCCUAGCCCCUCACCUCAGGAAGAGCCAAGUGAACCCGUUUUAGCCACGUUGUCCUCAUCUCCUGAGGUAGGAUGUGCCACGAGUAUUCCCCUGUCAUCAGAGCACAGCAAACCGUACUCCGCACUUCUACCGUCGGAGAGGGACGCAGCUAUUCCUGAGAAUGAUAUAACAGGAGGCGUUGUACCGACACCAACAGCUCUCGAGGCAGACAAUGAAUCAGAUACAUGGGAAGACCCUAAGCUCCUAGCAGGGCCGGAUGAUGAAUGGGCAUCUACUUGGAGUAGUGCACCGCCUCAGGGCGAAUCGGAAGAGAUCCAACCGCCUGACGAGUGGGAAACUGCUCAACAAGCGAAGGAGAAAUUCAAUCGCGCAGUGCCCCCAGAGUUGUUGGACGCCAUUCUUCGUCAGUGCGAGCAAUUCUCGGACGUUAUCUGCCCGCAGCCUGAGACUGUCGAUUCAAACACCUCCAAUGACAAUUGGCGGAAUGGUCCGACUGGUCUGGAAAAUAUAACGAUGCUUUUAAACGAAUUACUUCCCGAAGAUUCGCCGCUUCCUCCUCCCGUGCAAUUUCCUUCUACUGCAACGGCCAAGGCCGUAAAUGAGGCUCUUAAAUUGACUAGACAUUUAACCCUGUCGGAAAGCAGUCCUUUGGCUAGGUUGUUAGCUUCAAAGGGAACAGCAGACUGGCAGAAGUCCGUAGUCUCGAGGGAAGACGUUGUUCCGGAUGUAACACCUAUCGGUUGGCGUAUUCUUGACAAAGGCGAACACCGAGGCACAGUGGAAGAAACGAAGCCAAGGACAGCGACGGGCGGUUUACUUUCGUUUUGGAGUCGCAGGACUUCUACCGCUCCUUCUCCAUCUGAUGAUAACAGUGAAACACCUGCAUCCGGGAGAUCCAGCAUCAGUAGCUCCAUAUCUACAAAUUUGUCUCAGUCACAGGUUGGACGUGACGUAUCGCCAUCGAAGCGUUCGUCAACGGUUACUCCCGCACCAGCUGCCAGUCAGGAAACCGCAUCAGACGUUGCGGUAACCACAACUGCCCCUGCACCUUCUGCUGUUUCCAGAUUUUUAAACCGCUUCGCCCGUACCAGAAGCACCAAUGCCAACCAUGCGUCGUUGGCUUUGUCCGCAGAUGACCUUGAAUACCUGUCCGAUAUUAAUGUUCCAAGUGCGACUGAUCUCGAUGAUGAAAAUGAUGCAGCUGAUUUGAAGGGCCUGUCAAAUAUGAUUAAAUCUUCACCCCUUCCGGAGAAAUUGCCACCGCCUCUUCCCCCACCACCGAAGCCGAUUAUUAUCCCUUCCCCAUUAACAAGAUCCAACCCGAGUAGCUCUCUCGCAACCCCCAUACUUUCUUCACUAACACCACAGACAAAUAUACCCUUGGCACAUUCCUCAUCAUCCAUUGUGCCUACGAAGCACCCAUCCUCGGUGUCGUCGUUCAUGAUGUCUUCGAUCUCAGCCGUUUCGCCAGCUCUCCCGAUAUCAUCGACUUCUCGGCCUUCGCCCAGGGCUCAAUCCUCGUUCCCUCUUCUGCCACCCCCAAAAGCUCCAACUUCACUCUCCCUUCCACCUUUGAUUCCACCUCCUCCAACGUCGCCCCCGCAGACACCUCGGCCAGGUACUCUACAGCGUCUACCUCCCACGAUGUCUACGAUUACGCCUUCUUCCUCCUCUAGCUUGUGGUCCAAUGUCGCAGCGGUAUCAGAUACCUACCCCAGGGAUAGCGGGGAUUCGGACGAGUUUUCAUUCUUUUCCUCUGGCUCACUCUGCCGCCGCUCGCAUGUUCCGUCUGACUCUGUGUCUGUCCGCAGCCCGGAAUCAGAGAAUUCUUUGGACCGACUUCGGUCUCCACGCUCGUCUAUAUCCUGUUCUCUGGAUGACUUUGACGAUUUUGUCACUUCGCCCUCCCAGGACAAUACUGGCCUCAAAACGCCCUCACCACCUCCUGUACCUGCGAAAAAUACGCCUCCGAGCUAUCGCAGACCAGGCCUCCCCUUGAAACACUCAGUGCGCUCGUCGGACCAUAUGCGCACACAGAGCUUGAUGGAUCAGGCAAACGCAACAAAGGGGACAUGGCCCUCACCAAGGGUUGAGAGUGUGCAAGCACGACCGAUACCUCCGCCACCCAGGUCAGAGAAUUUGCUCGACUUUGAAGACACCAUGAGUCCCUCUACCCCAGUCUUCUCCCGAAAGCCGCUUAUUGCGGGGUCCAGCCAGUCGUCAGCGACCUCUCCCUUUCAUAACUCUCCGCUGGUUACCCAAGCAGCGGGCAUGCACCAGUCACCACUGUCCUCAUCGUCGGCGUCGCCUUUCCAGUCAGCAUUUAUAAGCUCACCAACGCCGAUAGCAGCGAAGCCUCUGCAACCAGUACAACAAAUGACGUCGAAGCCAAUGCAGACGGGUGGUCUUUCGGCCCAAGAUUUGUCCUUCUUCGAGGGACUGUAAUGAGUAGCACGAUACGUUAAUAAGCGUUACGACUUAAUACGUCUGAAAGUGUGUAAAAACUUCGUUG